CAGCAGCCAGGCAACAGUCCACAUUUUCAUAAAGCAAAUAACGGAGACUGUCUUAGAGGAGGAACACAACAUGAGAUUACUUCUACUUCUAACUGCUAUAGCAGCAGCAUCACAGGCCCAGGAGGACUGCUCAAGGGGGGCAUGUUACCCACCCAGCGAUGACCUGCUCCUGGGAAGGGUUGACCAGCUCCAAGCAUCCUCCACCUGCGGUCUUACCGGCUCCGAGAUCUUCUGCACACCCUACCAACAGAGAGCCAUGAAGUGCUGCCCAUGUGACUCCAGGAACCCAAACAGUCAGCUGGCCCACACUCUCCAAAAUGUCCUGUCCACCUCUGGAUCAGACAGAUGGUGGCAGUCCAGGAAAGGAGAGAAUCCAGUUACUCUCCAGCUGGACCUCAAUAACCUGUUCCAGCUUGACAACCUGAUUCUCAUGUUCAAGGGUCCUCGUCCCAGUGCUUUGGUCAUUGAGAGGAAGCUGGAUAAUGACAGAACGUGGCAGCCUGUUCUCUACUUGGCUACAGAUUGUGAACAGGCGUUUCCUGGUGUCCCCACAAGAACUCCUCUCACCCUGGACCAGACAUACUGCUACACACUGCCCCCUACUGGAACAAACCCCUACCAAGAUCAUACAAUUGAGUUCAGUCCUUUGCGUCAGUAUGCUUAUGUCCCAGCUCCCAACAGCCAAAAAAUUGAAGGUGUGUCUGGGCUAACGGGCCUGAGGGUAAGGCUGACAGAGCUGGGCGAUGUGCCACGUCUACCUGGCAGAAGUCUCAGUAGGUUUUACGCCCUAAAGGAGAUGAGAGUGAUAGGUAGCUGUAUGUGCCAUGGACACGCCAACCGAUGCCUGCCACAAGAAUACAACAACCAAUUGUCUCCUACCGUACAGGUGAACCCUCAGUGUGACUGCCAGCAUAACACAGCAGGUGUGAACUGUGAGCGUUGUGCUGAUCUUUACAACGAUCUACCAUGGAGACCUGCCGAGGAGGGCAACACCCACACCUGCAAACGCUGUGAGUGUAACAGCCAUGCCCAGCGCUGUCGCUUCGACCAGGCAGUGUACGAGGCCAGUGGGCGGAGGAGUGGAGGUGUGUGUGAGGGUUGUAUGCACCACACCACAGGGCCCAAGUGUGACCAAUGUGCCCCCGGUUACCAGCCAAACCCCCGCAGCCAAAUGGACCGUCCUGAUGCCUGCAUACGCUGUAUCUGCAGCGCUGAGGGAACAGUGAAUGGAGGCCGUUGUGAUGACAGCACAGGCUCCUGUCAGUGCAAAGUCAAUGUGGAAGGCCCUCGCUGUGACCGCUGCAAGAGAGGAUACUACGGCCUGAGCACCUCCAACCCGCUCGGCUGCACCAGGUGUUCCUGUUCUCCAGAUGGCUCGCUGUCAGAUGUGUGUGACCCGGUGACUGGUCAGUGUCCCUGCCGUUCCCACUUCCACGGCCUGACCUGUGACACGUGUGUAAAAGGGUACUGGAAGCCAUCCCUGUCAGAACGCUGUGAACCCUGCAGCUGUGACCCCACCAGGUCAAAGAGUGACACCUGUGACCAGCUGACAGGUCAGUGUCAGUGCAGACCAGGCUUUGGAGGCCGAACAUGUACCGAGUGCCCAGACAACACUUAUGGAGACCCUCUCAUAGGCUGCCAACCGUGUCGGUGUGAUACUGAUGGAACCCUUCCAGAGUUUUGUGACAAGCAGACGGGGGUGUGUCUCUGUCGGCCGGGCGUCACUGGGACUCGCUGUGACUCCUGCAGUCCUAAACACUGUGACUCAUUCCCUGCCUGUGAGUUGUGUCCCUCCUGCUUCUUUACUCUCGAUGGCCAGCGUCAGAACCUAAGCUUAGCUCUGGAGAGACUUCCUCCCAGACUUCCUACUGGAGCUGGUGGUGAUCUUGCAAACUUCGGGCCCCGCAUUUGGACCCUAGAGGCCAGCCUGAAGCAGAUCCAGGACUCCAUCUCCCUUCCACCAAAAACUGCUGGAGAGAUUGAUGAUGCUCUUUCCCUGCUGGAGAAGCUCCGGGACCAGAUGAAUCAGGUUGAUAAUGACUUCUCACCCCUGACAAGAACUCCAGGUCUUGACUCAGAGCUGGAUAAACUGGAGGCUCUGCUGGACAGCCUCAUUCCGGUGUACAAUGCUAAGAAAGAUGGUAUAGACAACUCCAUCACGCCCAACAAUGAAGGAGCAUUUACGGCCAUCAAGGAUGCUUACAAUAAGUCAACUGAUGCUGACAAGAAAGUAAACGACAGCAAAGACACAGUAAAGGAGUCGGCUAAUGUCAGGGAGGAGACAAAGGACAUUCAGAACGAAGUACAGCCAGCAAACACAAGAGAUCUGGACGAACUAAACCAAAGCAUGGCCUCCCAACCUGACCUUACUCCUGUUGCCAAAGAGGUGUGUGGUAGUGUCCGCUCAAAGCCCUGCACCCCUCUCCAGUGUGAGGGUGGAGACUUGUGUCCACCAAAGGGAACCCCACCUUGUAAGAAGGGGGAAAAGUGUAUAGGUGCUCUGCCUCUGAGCGAAAGGGCAAACACUGAUGCAAAGGAUGUGAAGGACCGACUAGACAAGCUCAGUGGGAAGAUCACUGAGGCCGCAGAGAAGCUCGAGAAAACACAGGAGACAGCCAAUCAGGUGAAACAGUCUGCAGAGAAGUUGUCCAAGAAGACGAAGCAGGCCAGAGAUGAGCUACAGGAUGAGUUAAAAGACACACGCGAAGUUGUGAAAGCACUAAAAGACUUCCUAUCAGAUCCGUCUUCCAACCUGACGCACAUCCAGGAGGUGAGCAAUGAGAUCCUGAAAGCCAAACUGCCCCUCCACAUAGAUGAUUUGAAGAGGAAGCUGGAGGAGUUGAAGAAUCUGCCAGCCUAUCCACCAGAUAUCACAGCUGUGCUGAAGGAUACCAAGCCGCAGCUGGACACUGCCAGGAAACUGCUGGAGGAGGCCCAGGAUGCCAGGGACAAGGCACUGGGAGUGAAGGCUGACGUAGACGGGCUGAUUGCAGGCUUCGACUCAACCGAUGGCCUCCUCUCUAACCUGGAGGAAAACCUGCAGGACAGCAUGGAUCUCAUAGACAACCUGGGAAAAAACCUGACUAAGGCCAAAGAGCAACUUAAACCAGCAGAGAAGGCUUUGGAUGAUGUCUCAAAACUAGUAAAACCAAUGAAACCCCAAUUGGACGAGCUCAAAGAUGUGCUGAACAAAGCAGACCAACAGACCAAGGAUGCACAGGAUAAUGCAGACAAAGCAGAAGAUGAAGCAGAUGCUGCAAAGGAGGACCUGUUGGCUUUAGAGGAGCAGCUAGAUCGUCUUAAAGCUGAAGGUCCACCUGGGACAGGUGUAGAGCCAGGGCCACUGGGGGAUCGACUGGCAAAGCUGAAGCAGGAUGCCGGAGCUCUGGCUAACACCACUGAAAACAUGAUGAACGCCCUAGAAGGAAAAGCAGAUUCCCUCAGAGGGCUGCAGGACGAAAUCCUACAGAAGUCAACAAAGCUUGAAGGACUUGAUGCCAAACUUAAAGACCUUUUAGCAAAACUUCGGAAGAAAGCCCAUGAUCUCAGCACCUGCCAGGGCUGAGAGUCAUCAUGCCAGACUACAUGUGCAGAUGUCGCUACAACACCUCACAGACUGUCACUGUCAAUUUUCCUUCUCAGAAAUUUCUCUUUGGUACAAGUCAAAUUUCAUUAGUGAUGUAGGCCUGAUGUAUUACGCCUGAAGUGGAGACAGUCUGUCUUUCCUUGGGGAACAAACAUUUAUUUGAAAUCAUGAUGUCUCAAUCUGCAGGAUGUUUACAUAUGAUUUAAAUAAGAUUAAUUCAAAAUGAAUAAUAUCAUCGUCCUGGCUGCUAGUUUACUGACAGUUUGUCAGUUUUGUUUGUAACUGAUACAACAUAUUAUUGUCAUUUUAUUGGCACAGAACUUCUCUUGACAGUGUAACAUCAUCUACUACAGUCUAUAACAAUCUCUCUUAUAGUAUCACAUCACCGACUGCAUUGCUUGUGAAAAGUGUCUUUAGAGGGUAAUUCAAUAAUUGUCACAGUACAACACUAUGUGAGGACAAUGGCUGGUAGCGGAACUGAACUCAAAAGGAGUGAAACGUGUGAAUAUGGUCAUUUUGGGGGGUUGAUUAUGUCAACAGUCAAAUUUCACAAAUCACAGCUCCCCAUGAACAGUUGGAAUUCAUCAGACUCGAACAAGCAAUGUAUGAGCAGGUUUUUAAGUCAAGAGGAUUCAGUAAAUGCAACUUGAAAGACCUGAAUGAACAGCCUCACAGGAAAAAAUCUAAAAAGUUUACAGUACAAUGUGAAAAUGGGCCAGUGAUGUAUUUUUGGUUUCCUUUAGAAAUCACUACGACUUUAUCAGUAAUAUACAUGCCACUAUAAGUAUUGUGCCAUUUUGAACAUUUCACAUUUUAUCUUGAAAAAUGCCUCAGCUUCUCGCUUUCUGACAGCUAUGCAAAUAGCCAACACAAACUCUUAUCUGUCAGCAGCAACACAUUCCUCAAUGAACAUUGCACUACAGUUUUUAGUGUAGUUUUCAGAACUGGAGAAAAGGUGAAUGUUACAUUAUUUAUUUUCUGUUUUGCAUCUGAUGUUUGUGCAGUAUUUAAAUAAAGCCUGUUAGUACUUUCA